AUGCUUAGUCCUACCAUAGUUGUGCAACAGAAGACGCCUCAAGACGACACCUCUCGAGAGGAGUCGUCGACUCCAUCUGAGGAAGGGAUAACUUACAAGGGCAGAAAAAUUGCUCGAUCUGUUCGGUUGCAGCAGAUGAGAGAGUCGCAAAAGUUGCUUCGUGAACAGAGGAAACUUAAGAUCAAGAACUUGGAAGAUGAAAACGCCCGCUUGAGGACCCAGAUCGACAUUCUAAAGAAGGCCUCUGGAAACUACAUACCAAAGAGCGCAAACCCAGAUACAUUCUUUCCUCCCAAGUUGUUGGAAAUAACAUACAACCACGAGUAUGUACCUCUCAACGGUGACAGAUUUCUUCAAGGUUUGCCAGAUGAAAUCAUCCAGAAGUUCUAUUUGGAUGACGGGAAGUGUAUCGUAACUGCAAUUCUAGAAAGAAAUUUCGACUGUAUCGCCAUGGAUGAGCCAGUGGAAAGAAGCUUGCGGUUGAGGAACGGAGUAUUUAGAUACUCGCCCAGCGACGAAAUCACAAGGACGUUCUUCACGCAAUUGAGGCACUAUACUAUUUACAAGUCGGUUCCUGUUCAGUGGCUUGAAAUUAACAACUUCCUUCCAGGAGGGACUAUCUCCGUGUUCACCAUUGUUGAGUACAUCUACAAGUACGCAGAUUUACACUCACUAAGUAUGGAAUUGUUGGGGUUGUUUAUUACCAAACACUUGUUCGCUACUUACUGGGGACCUGCUUUAUAUGUUACCGAUUUGUCGGCCUGUAUUUCAGCAGCUCUGGAUCCUCUGUACGAUGAAGAGUAUUUAUCAGGAGGAGUACCCCAAAGGAUUUGCGAAUAGCAGUGGCACAAGGUUUGGGUUAAUUGGGGUUUGGCGUUCAUGAUAAAUUUCUACCUACUACAAUUGGAUUGUAUUUCUUUCAAUUUUUUUUAG